UCCGCCUCAAGCUAUAACCGAUUUGACCAUAGAUCAACAGCUGUAAUUCGUGAUACCAACUGGAAGUUCAACAUACGUGUGUAUACCUUUACUUUGGAUAUGUACGCCGAUAUAAUACAACAAUUAUGUCCUUUUAUUUACAGCACCGCAUUUUAUAGUGGUGGUAACGCCCAAUGACGUCAUAUUCAUGCGCUAUCGAAGCAAAAUACAGGCAUAAUACAGAUGGGUCUCACAAAUUCAAGGUUUUAACCAACACAAAUCAUGUUUGUAGUAUUAUAUCACAAUCAUUAGUAAGGAUGGGGCAUUUAUUAUUAUCGGGAACGAUUUAACGUUUACGUAUUUCAAAGCUUUUUUAACGAACAUUGACGGACAAAGCAAUGGCUCCUUCCGCAUGUAGAGCCUGCGGAGGAUCCGACAUCGACAUCGACCAGGCCCGGGGAAGCGCUGUGUGCACGUCAUGUGGUUCAGUGCUUGAAGACAACAUCAUAGUCUCAGAAGUGACUUUUGUCGAGGGUAGUGGGGGCGUCUCCUCUGCAGUUGGGCAGUUCGUCUCGUCCCAAGGGCCCGCCAAGACUCCCCAACUGGGCUCUGGGUUUCACUCUGGACUGGGCAAGGAGUCCAGGGCUCAGACGCUACAGAAUGGGAGGCGUCAGAUUCAGUCUUUGGGCAGCCAGUUACAACUGAAUCAACACUGCUUGGACACAGCUUUUAACUUUUUUAAAAUGGCGGUCAGUAAGCAGUUGACCCGGGGCCGAAAGACUCAGCACCUCAUUGCGGCGUGUCUUUACUUGGUAUGCCGUACUGAAGGCACACCACACAUGUUGCUGGACCUUAGUGACCUACUUCAAGUCAACGUGUACAUUCUAGGGAAAACCUUCCUACUUUUAGCUAGAGAACUGUGUAUCAAUGCCCCAGCCAUUGACCCUUGCCUAUAUGUCCCACGCUUUGCUCACAUGCUGGACUUUGGGGAGCAGACCCACCAGGUGUCCAUGACUGCUCUGCGCUUAGUGCAGAGGAUGAAGAGGGACUGGAUGCAUACAGGUCGCCGACCUUCAGGUCUGUGUGGAGCUGCACUGUUGGUGGCUGCACGCAUGCACAAGUUCCACCGCACUGUGAAGGAUGUGAUCAGUGUGGUUAAAGUCUGCCAGGCAACUCUUCGUAAGAGGCUGACAGAGUUUGAAGACACACCCACCAGCCAGUUGACUAUUGAUGAGUUCAUGAAAGUGGACUUGGAGCAGGAAUGUGACCCGCCAUCAUUCACAGCUGGGCAGAACAAGAACAAGAUGCAGCAACUGGAGCAAGAGCUGGCAAAGAAACUGGACGAGGUGGUGGAGGGAGAAAUAAGCUGUUACAAGGAUGAAAUUGAGACAGAGCUUGAGAAAAGCCGACCAAAACUCAGAGGCAUCUAUGCAGCUUAUACUAAGCACAUAGACCCAGAGGACAAGGAGUCUGUAAUCUCUGACCUCGACGAACCUGAUGCUGAAGUCACAGCCCAGCAUCUCACUGAGAACUUUCUUUGCCAAGUUAUCCAGGAGGAGACCGGGCAGGGUGCAGGGCCUGGAGGGCUUUCUGCAGGGUCAGAGGAGGCUGGAGUGGGGCCUGUGAGACCAACAGCUCCAAUAACAUCCAUCCUUGGGACAGUGAGCAGUGCUCUCUCAGAGACUAAUAUGAAAGCAGCAGAAAACGAGGAGUCUGAAGGAGAGCUGGACCUGAAUGGCAUUGAUGACCAAGAAAUAGAUAAGUACAUCCUGAAUGACAGAGAGGUGGAGAUGAAGACAGCGCUGUGGAUUAAACAGAAUGAGGAAUAUCUUCGGGAGCAGAAAGAAAAGGAGGAGAGAAUCCAGAAGGAGAAAGAACAGGGCACAUACAAAGAGAAACCAAAGAAGUCUCGACGGCGGCCAGCUCAGAUUGAGGCACAGACUGCCACAGAGGCCAUUGAGAGGAUGUUGGAGAAGAAAAAGAUUUCCAGUAAAAUAAACUACGAUGUGCUGCGGGACUUGAACCGCAGUGACACAGGGAGUCCUGUCCCUGAAACAGGAAACAGUGCGCUCAACAUGGCUGCCGAUCCUGAAAAAAAAUGCCUUAAACGGCAGAGAAGCCGGAAGAAUAAGGACCACAGCAAAGGGUUAGCAGCUACAGCUAGCAAUAUGGGCAAAAGGCUUCGCCCACUUAUUCCUGCCUCCACCAAAAAGAAAAAAGCUUCCUUGGUGGCUGAUCAUACAGAUACCACAACAACUGCUCUAUCAGAAGUCACACAGCCUUCUGCUCGUGAGCCCACCCCACCUCCAGAGCCCUCUCCUGCUCAGCCCCCUGAGCUCCCACAGGCAGAGGACCCCCACACUGAAGAGGAGGAAGAAGAAGAGGAAGAGCAGUGUGUGAGUGCGAUCAAACUCAUUGGAGACUACGGCUGUGAUGAAGAGGAGAUCUAUUAGCUCUCAACUCCAUGAACUAAUCAAAUGAAAACACACUGUAUGCAAUUAAGACAAUUUUGUGUGCCACAAAUACCUGCAAACUAAAAUUUUCUACAUUUUAUUAAUGUACAUAUAUGUAAAUGUUAUAUUAUUAUGUAACAAUACGUAUAGAGUUUCUGAACAAGGCUAUAAAUGUUCAUUAGCUGUCCUCUGACCACUUUAUAAAUCU